UGCCGCCACAUCAAGCUGCAGAGGUGGGCGAAGCUAUGGCGGUCGCACCACUCCCAGAAGCAACCUCCGCAGUGCCCGAUGGCACAGGCGUGCUCAAGAUUGAUCCAUGGCUCGAGCCAUUCAAAGGUGACCUCAAAGCACGUUAUGCGCUCUACCAGAAAUGGAAGAGCGACAUCAAAUCAUCAGAGCGUGGUCUCGACGCUUUCUCGCUUGGCUAUCAGUCGUUCGGCCUCAUCGUGCAACCCAACAAUGACAUACUAUAUCGAGAAUGGGCGCCGCAUGCAGACACUGCCAAUCUAAUUGGCGACUUCAAUGGUUGGAACCGCGAAUCACAUCCUAUGCAAAAGUCGCCUUACGGCGUGUGGGAAUGCACCGUGCCUGCCUUGCGGGGACAGCCUGCGAUUCCGCAUGACUCAAAGAUAAAGAUCUCGAUGACCGUCGACGGCGGCCAUCGUAUCGAGCGUCUGCCUGCAUGGAUCAAGCGGGUCACGCAAGAUCUGAGCGUAUCACCCAUCUACGACGCGCGCUUCUGGAAUCCGCCACAAAAGUACGUCUUCAAGCACCCACGACCACCAAAGCCUCAUGCAGUGAAAGUUUACGAAGCACAUGUUGGAAUAUCAACGCCCGAAAUGCGCGUUGGAACAUACCCAGAAUUCACACGCAACGUCUUGCCGCGCAUCAAGGAACUUGGCUACAAUACCAUUCAACUCAUGGCUGUCAUGGAACACGCUUACUACGCCAGCUUUGGCUAUCAGGUCACAAGCUUCUUCGCCGUCAGCUCACGAUACGGCACACCAGAAGAACUCAAAGAACUCAUUGACACCGCGCACGGCAUGGGACUCACCGUACUACUCGACAUGGUCCACUCGCACGCUUGCAAAAAUGUUGCAGAUGGCAUCAACGAAUUCGACGGCACAGAUCACAUGUACUUCCACGGCGGUCAGAAGGGCAAACACGAGCUCUGGGACAGCCGAAUUUUCAAUUACGGCUCUCACGAGGUCUUGCGGUUCCUGCUUUCCAAUCUGCGCUUCUACAUGGAGGAAUACCAAUUCGACGGAUUUCGCUUUGAUGGGGUGACGAGCAUGAUGUACACACAUCACGGCAUUGGCACAGGAUUCUCUGGCGGCUAUCAUGAAUACUUUGGCGCUGGCGUUGACAACGAAGCGAUGGUCUACCUGAUGCUGGCGAACGAUCUCAUCCAUACCCUCUAUCCCAACGCUAUAACGAUCGCAGAAGAUGUCUCUGGCAUGCCAGCGCUAUGUCGACCUGUGCAAGAGGGCGGUGUUGGCUUCGAUUAUCGUCUGAUGAUGGCCGUGCCGGACAUGUGGAUCAAAUUGCUCAAGGAGACAGAUGACUACGCUUGGGAUUUGGGCAACAUCUGCUUCACGCUCACGAACCGGCGACAUCUUGAGAACAGCAUUACCUACUGCGAAUCGCAUGACCAGGCACUUGUGGGCGACAAGACGCUUGCGUUCUGGCUGAUGGACAAGGAGAUGUACACGCACAUGUCUGAUAUCUCUGAGUUAACGCCGGUCAUCGAUCGCGGUCUUGCUCUGCACAAGAUGAUCAGACUGCUCACUCAUUCGCUCGGCGGAGAAGGAUACCUCAAUUUCGAAGGCAACGAAUUCGGUCACCCUGAAUGGCUGGAUUUUCCACGAGAAGGCAAUGGCAACUCAUUCCAAUAUGCACGCAGACAAUUUAACCUCAUCGAUGAUAAGCUCCUGCGGUACAAAUAUCUCUACAACUUUGACGCAGCGAUGAACAAUCUCGAAACGCGAUACAAUUGGCUUAGCGCACCGCAAGCCUAUAUCUCACUCAAGAACGAAAGCGACAAGGUGAUCGUGUUCGAGCGUGCCGGGCUGCUCUUCGUCUUCAACUUUCAUCCGGCCAACAGCUACGUGGACUAUCGUGUUGGCGUGGACGUGCCCGGCAAAUACAGGGUCGUCUUAUCUAGCGACGACAGCAAAGCAUUCGGAGGGCAUGAUCGAAUUUCACUUUCAACCGAGUUCUUCACGCAACCGAUGGAAUGGAAUGGCAGACGAAACUUCACACAGGUCUACACGCCAGCGCGGACAGCGCAGGUCCUGGCGCUGGCAGAGUAGUAGUGGUUGUAUACAUGAACCGGGAAAUGAACCAUUGACGAGAGCGAGAGCAGAUUGACGGGGCACAUAGGAUUGCAAUAUGCGACACAACGUUUGCC